AUGUUUGCGUCUGAAAGCCCCGUACUGCAGCCUGGCUGUAAGAUUCUUGUAACCGGAGCAAGUGGUUUUGUCGGUAGCCAUGUGGCAGAUCAACUCCUCAGUGCCGGGUAUAAGGUCCGAGGAACAACGAGAGACACUGCUAAGAACGCAUGGCUGGUGACCCUGUUUGAGACAAGAUACGGAGUCGGAAGCUUUGAAUUGGUUUCGGUGCCGAAUCUAGCACUAGAUGAAGCCCUUGAUGCUGUACUUGAAGAUAUCUCAGGAGUAGUCCAUGCUGCCUCCGACAUGACCUUUGACUCUGAUCCAAACAAAGUCAUCCCGCCCAUGAUACUCGCCACCGUCACCUUGGCGAAAGCUGCUGCGAAACGUCCUAACAUCAAACGAUUUGUUUUCACGUCAUCUUGUGCAGCUGCUGCAAGUCCAGUUCCUGGAGUCUGGCGCUGGAUCGGAAAAGAUUCGUGGAAUGACGAAGCAAUUGCUCAAGCUUGGGCUCCUCCACCUUAUAGCCCUGAGCGUGGAUUUUCCGUUUAUGCAGCCAGCAAGACGCAAUGCGAGAGAGAACUAUGGCGAUGGUACCAAGAAUCAUCGCCUGGCUUUGUCCUAAACACGGUUUUACCAAGUAUGAAUAUGGGAUUGAGUCUGGAUCCCGCGAAUCAAGGCCACCCAUCAACUUCUGGGCUGAUUGAAGCGGUUUAUAAAGGAUACAUUGAAGCGACGAAUGGCGCUGCACAGUACUUCUACGUUGAUGUACAGGAUAAUGCCCGCUUACAUGUGGCAGCUCUACUUCAUCCUCAGAUCAAGGAUGAGCGUAUCUUCGCAUACGCCGCGCCGUACACGUGGAGAGAUGUACAGACGAAACUGUCCGAGUUGUAUCCAAACAAGUCAUUCGUUCCCGAAAUUGAGCCAUCCAAGUUGGAAAGAAGCCACAUAGAGCUGGCUGAGAAGGCGGAAGUCUUGCUGAAGGAGAUGGGCCGGGAAGGGUGGACUAGCUUGGAAGAGACCUUGUUGGCAAACACUCGAGAUUUGGCUUGA